AAAUUAUACUGCUUUUUUUUUUGACAGAAUGAAAUUAUACUGCUGAUAUAUAUAUGUGUGUAAUGGAAAAGAAUAAUGAGAUAAAGUUGAGACAAACAUGUCUACGUUAGCUCCAAAUCCCCAAAUCCCAUACAGAAAUUUCCACCACAAAAAACAGCAGUUGUGGGGCAUUGUGGGAUGCUUGAGUUCGCACAACUCACAUGGUAUUGGAGAUAAGGAAAGAGGUAAAUGGAAGAAAGUAAAAAACAUGGAAUUGAGAAUUGGUGGUUCUUGGUCUGAUAUGUUCAGUCCAUCUUCCAUGGAGAUGCAACCCAUCGAGGACUGUGAGCAGCUUGACCAGAUUUUAGCUCAGGCUAAACAUCUCUCUAAGCCCAUCAUCAUUCAUUGGUCUGCCACAUAUUUCGGAUUUUUGGAUGAUAUCAAUCUAAAGGCAGCUAAAGAGUCAAUCUCAAUGUCAAAGCCUUCAAUUUCUUCCUGUUGUAACCGCACCAGUAUAUCAUGGACCACUUGGAGCUCAUAUGUUAAAAGACUUGAUCUGCUUGAUGGUCCAGAGACUGCCAGAAUGAAUUGACCACCCACUCCUCUCAAUACUGCACCAUAACCUGCUCUGGAGGUAUGAAUGUUAAGCUUAGGUUUUAGCGUAGGCAAAGACCAUGUUAAGACCUUAGGUCUGGACGGUUUAUGUUGGAUAAAGCCAAUAUCUUGCAAGUAAGAUCCCUGCAUAAUAUAUUUGCUGCCAUGCAGCGUAUUGCUCCAUAGUAGAACGUGUUUAUUAAUGCUGUGAAUUACAAAGGAAUUAGCAGGCACAUUUGAAUCACCCCAUGUAUAUGAACAAUAAGUUUUCCAUAGGAACCAAGCAAUGUGAUAACCGCUUUCGCGGCGUUGUAGUAAAACGGAG